UAAGUUUUUGGUUAUUAUAGCAAAAGUAUUCGCAAAAGGGUCCGAAUGAUCAAAGUUCCUUUACAAUAAUUAGCUAGCUGCGACACCAUUUGACAGACUGAAGUGUAUUUGCAGUUUGAAUGUCGAGACAACGGCGGCAAACAAAGUGUAUUGGCUUUUUUGUUUUUCUAUAAACCAUUAUACGUGAUUUAAAUAAUUCAUUGAUUCAAUAAUUAUUUUACCUAAUUGUUUUUCUAGCUAAGCGCGUAAACAAUUAAUGUUUUUUUUAUGACUCGAUCAAGAGACUGUUGAAAGACUAUGGGGAUUACGCCCGAUUAAGCUAAAUAGUAUUUUGCUCCCGCCUACACAUAACAACAAUUGACCAUGACCGAAUAAAAUCGUUAAAAUGCUUUGGGGAGCCGGAUGGAUACUGUCAGCGUUUUAGUGGCUGAUGGUCCGAAGCGAAAAGGCGGAGCUUUAUGAAGUGUCACAGAGCCUCACGUCCAAAUACUGCGUAACAAGUAGAAAGCAAUGCGACCUGCGUUACGUGUUCCGAGGGCGCCAAACGUGUCACCAUGCACGCGAUUAAAUACUCCAGGAAUCAACUAUAAAACGUGAGGAUUGCUUCUACGAUUCGGUUAGCAGACAAAAGUGCGCUAAAGAUAAGGAUAAACAUACGACGGAUAAAGAAUACUAAUAACUAGGCGUGUAUAUAGUCAUGCUACACAAUAGUCGGGUAUCUCCAGAACUAAUGGCAAACCAAGAACAUGGACACGGUGCUAGGACUGCCACUCAAGCAGAAGCAGGAAACGAGCGACGCCGUGCACAGAGGAGAAAACUCAAGCGCUUCGUAAACAAGCUCCUUGUAUUACUGGGGUUUCUACUGAUUAUAGGAUGUUUUGUAAUGGCGUCUUUUGCAUAUAUUUUCCUAGAAGACUGCCGCGGAUGCUCGGAUGAUGCCCCCGAGUUAUACAUGGCUAAGGUGUUUCGCUUUUUAUCGGCUGCCCUGUUUCUAGUUGGUGUUUUCAUGGUGGCUUUCUCGGUUUGUAACUAUCGCGAUAGUGCGGGAAUCAGCCGAUAUGGGGACUCGGAUAAUUUACGGAGAAUUUCAUUAGAGACGGUUGCGUGUGUGAUCACUGAAGCAGCGAUGGAAAAAUCUCCAGCAAGACUUUUAUCAGGUGGGGCAAAUUCAUCCUCGCGUUUAAAUAGUACUGGUGUGUUGGGAUGUGAAAUAACUGAAUUAACGAACGGAGGAGCGACAUCGGAAACGUCAGGUGGUGUUAUCAACCAAGCUGCGAGUGUGUCAAAGCACAGACUAUUUCGUAGACUAAGCAGUUUAGCGAUCCCUAGGACUCUAGAUGAAGACUCUGCCAACCCCCCACCUUCAUAUGAGCAAGCGCUCAACAUGGCUUCACGAACUGAAAGCGCUACACCAACACAACAAAACAACACCGUGCCAAGCAACGCAACACCGCCUUCGACGCAACAGCGAACAGAGGAAAGCUGAUAGUUUGAAAUCAAUCCUUUCGAUAAAAGCAUUUUCGUAUUUACAUUAAACGAAACACGUAGGUCGCGUUUUUAGCGAUUAAACCGCGAUUAUUGAUCGUUAUAAUUUCCAAUAUUUAACAAAACAAAAAAUAUAUUUUAAUUAAACUGCGAAAAAAUGUUUUUUUCUGGUUUGCCAUGUAAUGUCGCUUCUGUUCAAUCAAGAAAUGAAUUUGAUUUUUAUUGCCGUCACGUCUGUUUAGAUAUUCGAAACUCAAAUAUCAUGCCAUUUUAAGAAAGAUGCUUAUUUAAUACAACUUUAAAUCACAAAAACGACGUCUGUUUCAAAACAGCCUAUUCCUGUGGAUGGUCGAAUGUUUUUUUUUUAUUUAUGUAUUUUUUUGCGGUCACAAAGACGACAAGUAAAAAAGAGUUCGCUGUCAAAUAAAUAGAUUGUCGAUAAUAUCUAAGCCUCCUUUGCAACCCAAGGAAAAAGAUUCUCGUAAAAGGGAUCCCUUGACAUCCGCUUGAUCAAUCUUUUAACCUCUAGAAGAAACGCCAAAGAAUCUAUGACAUCCGUAAGACAUACGACGACAGAAAAUCAGUUUUAAUUUCCACUCGUGACGCCACAGCGUGACUCUGUAACACGUUCAAAUUAAACAUUUGUUAUUUUAAACAUGCUUUGCCGAGGGACCAUAUUUUCUUUGAGUUAUCAAUUUAUUUAUUGUUCACGGAGCGCGUCGUGGGUGCACUGCAUAAAGGCUGGUUCUCAUGACGAUGGAGACGGAAGCGUAAGAGUCUUAAGCCCCGUGCAAACUGCGCCAGCACCUGCCAGACUGACAAUAGGACAAAAGAAAUGUCAAAAUGGGGAAUGGACUUUCUCACAUUUACUUUGUCUUGUGGUCAGUCGAGCAAGAAUUCGCCAGCAAUGCUGGCAGGUGCUGGUGAAGUUUGCACGGGUAUGUCGCUUGGGAACUGUCAUGUUUCGACGUAGUCUUGUGCCCAUACCCCCUCGACUAAUCGGUUAAUUUAUGCUUAUAUUCCGCUUAUGCUUACGUCGAUCCGGUUUUCACGCGACGUAAGCGUAGCAUAGACGUAAGAUUGCGCUUAUGCUUGCGCUUAAGUCGAGCCUGUUCUUACGCGACAUAAAGACUCUUACGCUUUCGUCACUCGUUAGAACCAGCCUUAAAACAGCGCGACAAGGUCACAACACUGAAAUAGAGUUUAGACCAACAUAUCCUUUAUGAUCAUUUCCUCUGCAAAAAAUUCUGAACGGGGUCGAACAAGAGGAAUCAAUUAAUUAUCUUAAAUGAUGACAGACCGCCCAGAAAGAGCAACAGUUAGGCAUUGAACCCGAAAAUAACAGAAAGGUACCAACUAACAAUUGCUACUUAAACUCCAAUAACCCUUCAAAAAACAAAAUGAAAUCUUUUAAAAGAAAAGCAUUCAGGGUUACUAGCUUUUUCGAUGACGACGUUUAAAAACUUCUUGGCGAUAGGGACUUUAAGAUACGAGUACGGCUACAGAAAACAAUGGUAUUAAUUUGAGAAUUAAAAUGCUGCACGUGAAAA